AGGAUGCGGCGUGACUUUGCAAGCGUGAGCAACACCACACACCACGCACACACACACACUUACACACAACUCGUGACAUCUUCCGCUCCUCUCACUCCUCGACAGUUGAAAAAGGUUACCGACUUCAUAAUACCUCUUCACUUCUCUAGUAGGGUCUAAAGGGGUUUCCAGUGUACGGACCCUUCAAACUCUCUUUUUAUCGUUUCGUCGUCACGCAAACACACGCAGGGAUGGUAAUGCGGUACUCGCUGCUGUGCGCGGUGCUCCUGGCGCUGUGUGCGCUGACUUCCUUGUCCGUCUGCGGGCUGCGCGUAAAGCCGACCAUCAGCUCUGUGACCUUCGACGUAGGCAAGGAGGAGGUCUGUCUCUACUCGACGGGCAAGGACUUCUACGAGGGCGUGUCGAUGCACUAUCACGUGAUGGAGGGCGGCAACGACUUCGACGUCUCUAUUCGAGAUGUGGAUGGUCACCUCAUUUACGCCUCCUACGCCGGCGAGCACGGCGCGGAUGAUCGGGUGUACUUCACCACACACACUCGGAAAGAACACGCGUACUGUAUCGACAAUCGCGACUACUCCGGUGCGCCGAAGACGAUCAAGAUGGAGGUGGGGCUCACAUCGCUGAAGCGGUGGAAGAGCCGAAUCGACCCGCUGCGCAAGUUGAUGACGCGCACGGAAGGCUUUGUGAUGGGGAUGAACGACGACCAAAUUUUGUUGCGCCUGAAGGAAGGUGGGAUGCGUGAGUGGGUAGAGAAGAUUUUCACCAUGUUACUGGUGCGGACGGCGACGGAGGCGCUCGUUGUGUUGGUGAUUGCCAUGCUGAACGCACUUCUCAUCUCGUACAUUUUCAAGCGCGCCGUGAAGUGA